UCUAGAUCGGACGUGUUGGAAGCGCGUGCUCUUAUCGUGGAUUAUGUGCAACAAAUGAAAAAAAGAAUCAAAGUGGUGGACAGGAUAACAUGUGAAAAAGAAUGAUAUUGCAAAAGACUUUGAUGUUUACAAAACAAGCGAGCAGAGAAGUGAUGAAACGAAUGCAGUGAAGAUAAACAACUGGAGCAUAGUAAUUUGUAGCUAGAGUGGAAUGAAGAUUGGAAGCUGUCAACCCUGAAGAACGAAAUAAGUUUGUGCUGUGUAUUGAGCAAACAUUUGAUUCAAGUGACAGACGAAGGCAGCGGCAGUGCUUCGAUCGUUGAAUCGAAUUAAAUAUUUAAAUUGAAUUAAACUCUGAUGAACUGAACAGUGUGUAUAGAAUAGAGAAUCGUGGAGAUAUACUAAUUGAUAUUGAACUAAUUAAAACUUAAAAAUGGUGAUAGUGCAAUCGAACAUCAUCACUUCCAACCGCAUUGGUCUUGACUGGGACAUCAACGAUCCCAACGUUCCGCUGGUGGGCGAAGUUGACCUGGAUGAGUUCAACGAAUGGAGUGACGGGCACUGUCGCUACAUCUACCGCGUUAUGGACGAGAUGGCCAAGCGUCAUUCCUCCGGCUGGGCUAUGCGAAAUACCAACAACCACAAUGUCAGUAUUUUGAAGAAAAGCUGCCUGGGAGUGCUGGUUUGCUCGGCAAGAUGUAUCCUACCGAAUGGGGAUAAGAUACACUUACGCCCCGCAAUUUGUGACAAAGCUCGCCGGAAACAGCAGGGAAAAUCGUGCCCCAAUCGACUUUGCGUCGGAGGUAUACUGGAGAUUCAACCUUGCAGGGGCCACUGUGGCUAUCCGGUUACACAUUUCUGGCGGCACACACCCAAUGCUAUCUUCUUUCAAGCCAAAGGAGUGCAUGACCAUCCAAAGCCGGAAUCUAAAUCAUCCGGAGAAACUCGAAAAAUUCUGGGCAUCGGCCGACGGGAACGUGUGCUCAAGGCAAUUCAAACAAAAGUUUCAAAGAUCACAAACGCAAAGCAAACCAAAAAGAUCACCAAACAAAUGCUGGAUAUUGGCAAAACAACACCAAUUAACAACUUGAACCGACUGAGCUCGGAGUCUGCCUACAAUCUAGCAUUCCCUAACAACUACAAAUCGAGCAAUCAAUGCAACUACUCAUCUACUCCAAGCAGCCAAUCAACGCAUGUCCAUCAGAGUACUCAAGACUAUAAUCAAACAUACUACUAUGACAACGCUAGCUUCAUUCACCCGGAGGAGAUUUUCCAGCUAGACCAGCCCAUUCGACCAAUAAACAAGUACCCAAGCAGCUCGACCACAAGCCUCCACAGCAUUGGCAGCUCGCCGCCCACCGUUCUAGACAUGGAAAGCGGCAAUAUCUACAAGAACAGCUUCUCCAGUUCAAACUAUGGCACUCGUUACUUCGACUGCAUAAAGUACGAAACGAGUAGCAACGAUACGGAUACCGCAAGUCUCACCAGCGGGUCCAGCGUGUUCGACGACUUCUCGUAUUACUCAAGCCCCCAAAUUGAUUACAGCAGCAUCAACACGCCACCUAACAACAACAAUAAUGGUAACCUCCCCAACAUGAACAAGAUGAACCUGCGUCUAUGCGACGAUAUCAAUUCGUUCUUUAUUGGCCAACCGAAUUGCGUGACGCAAAGUAAGCAUCAGCCGCUCCCCGAGGGCGGGGACUCCCCAACCGAGAACAAUCAACUCAAUGGGUAUUGCUACGAAAAUUACAGCAAUUCAGCGUCACCGCAUGCGGCAGCAACGAUAGCGUUGCUGCCGUACGGCGGCACCGAUGGCUAUGGUAACGAAGCGGCUUCUAGCGGAGAUGCCCUCGUUCCGAAUAACGUCACCACGACGCUGGCGGAGCAAACGGCACUUGGCGUUGAUGGUUGGUGGAACGGUAAUUACCCUGCGUCGUCGUCGUCACAUUCACAACCGGGCUGGAAUCAGAUCGAUACCGCCGGCAAUGGUAGCCAGCAGCAGUACUAUCUGAUGGAGCAAACUGACUAUUUGAGCUAAAUGGUAGGUGGAGACUGUGUAAUACAAGGGUGAUUAAGGCUUGACAAAUUAUUGUUGACUUGAGCUGGAAUUGAGAGGGACUGUUUAGUUUGUUGUCGGGAUAGGGAAGCUCAUUUACAGCUAAUUAAACCAUUGAAACUUAUCGUAGGUCUCAUUAAGUUUCAUCGAAGAUUAAUCAAAUGUACCAGUGUAGCAAGACUUACCUUUUACUUUACAAAUAUAUUGAGAUAUUAUUUUUGUCUCGUCUCUGUACUGAUGGUAAUUGUAAUUAUCCGUAAUAGGACAAAGUGAGAAUGUUUUCAUAUGUAAUUAGCGGUUAUGAUACACGUGUUUUGUUAAAACAAUUCUAGUCAUAUGUAUUUUAAUAGCAAAUAAAAUGUCUGAAAUCAAAAUUAA